AUGCCGGACCUCACUACGACUCUGGGAGUGAGCGGGAUCGCCCUUCUGGGGUAUUUCCUCCUGUUCACUCUACGGGUGAAAUUGGAUCCCCGCGAGCCACCUCUUGUUGCAAGCACAAUUCCACUGGUUGGCCACCUGAUCUCCUUUCUCGUCCAUGGAAUUGGAUAUUUCGCCGCAGAAAGUCGUAAACAUGCCCUGCCAAUUUUCACCAUGGAUAUCCUCAAGAAAAGAGUAUAUAUCGUUACUUCUCCCGACUUGCUCCCGUCCGUGCGACAUAGUCGCAGCACCAUGUCAUUCGAUCCCCUGUUCACAGCCAUGGCAGAGCGGGCGGGGGGCAUUCCAAAGGCUGGCCUGGAGCUCCUUCGGGAGGAAGAACGGGGAGGCAAGGGACUUGCUAAGCAAACGGUGGAAGCUAUGCGUCCUGCGCUACUCGGAAACAAGCUUGACCAUCUCAAUGAGCAGAUGAUCCAUGUCCUUAAACCCAACGUCGAUCAAGUGGCUUCGAUUCCUACCCGCUCACUGGAUUUAUAUGGAUGGUGCAACGAUGCACUCACGGUUGCCAGUAGAGAGCAGCUGGUCCAGGCUUUUAUUCAGUUCUACCAAACGGAUGGACAUCUUUCUGCGUCUCAUCUAGUUUAUGCUCGAUGGAAGGUCCAGCAAGAGGCUGGAGCCACUCUGGAGGAUAUCGCAAGAUUGGAGAUACUAACCGGGGUUGGGAUUCUCUCUAACACGGUCCCAAGCUGUUUUUGGCUGCUUUUUGAUAUAUUAUCCCGCCCGGAGCUAUUACGAACGAUACAGGAUGAGAUUCAUCAGAAUGCGAUCUCCAUCGACUCGACUGGAACCCAUAGCCUUGAUUUAGCAGAUAUCCGGACAAAGUGCCCGAUGCUCCUCUCGUCAUUCCAAGAGACCCUGAGGACACGAUCUAACUCCGGUCAGCUCCGUGUGGUAUACCAAGAUACCCUAUUAAAUGAUCACUGGCUCUUGAAGGCCGGCUCCAUCCUCCUGAUUCCUGCGCCGGCCAUCAACACAAAUAGCUCGGCGUGGGGGUUGGACUCCGGGAACUUUGAGCCCCAGCGCUUUACCAAGACCAGUCAGAUGACGGACAAGAAAUCAAAGGCUUCUGGGUUUUUAUCCUUCGGGAUAUCUCCUCAUAUCUGUCCUGGGCGCCAUUUUGCCACAGGAGAGAUCUUGGCUCUCGCUGCGUUGCUUCUUGUACGAUAUGAUAUUAGUCCCAUGCAUGGCUCUUGGACCGAGCCAAAAACAAAUGCGAGGGCAGUCGCCGCAUCGCUUCCCCCGGCAGCUGAAAAGGUUGAAGUGACAGCCGUCGAGAGAGAGGAAUAUAAGGGUGUAGAAUGGCGGACAACGGUGACCCCGGGGAAGGGGACAUACGGCCUGAUCAUUGGAUAA